AUGACACAGACAGAGUCAAGGUGGCAGCACUCCCGUGCCUAUACCCUCGCCAUCGCGGCUUUCAUGGGUAUUUUCAUGUUUGGUUACGAUACCGGUCUUGGAGGAGGCUUGAUAGUCCUCCCCAGUUUCCUCCGGGACUUCGACAUGUUGGAUCUCGAUAAGAAGGCACUCGCAGACAGAAAAGGAAACGUUGUUUCUAUCCUUCAAGGGGGAUGUUUGGCGGGAGCUCUGCUUGCUGCGCCUCUUACGAAUCGCAUUGGUCGCCAGAAGUGUCUCAUCGUGAAUUGUUUCGCUUUCUUACUUGGAGCCAGUAUCAUGACCGCUUCGCCCGGUAAUCUUGGAAUGUUCUACGGCGGUAGAUUCACAGUCGGUUUGGGUGUUGGCGCUAUGUCUAUGGUCUGUCCUACUUAUGUCUCAGAAUUGAGUCCCAAACAUAUUCGAGGCAGGAUUACUGGUCUCUUCCAGGUCGUCGUCGUAAUUGGUGUAGCUGCGUCGUACUGGAUCACUUACGGCGUGCAACAUAUGGCACCAACAUCAAUGCAAUGGCGAAUUCCUGUGGGGUUCCAGCUCGUUCCCGUAGGGUUGAUGCUAUGCGUGCUACCUUUUAUGAAGGAAUCUCCCCGAUGGCUAGCGACCCACCACCAAAAUGAACUGGCUUUGAAAAACCUCGCCUGGAUCCGAAAGACUUCAAUCGAUGACGUGUUUACCCGUGCGGAGUUCAACGAGAUCAUCGCCUCUGUCGCUGAGGAAGAGGCGGUCACUGGCGGUCGAUCUUAUAAAGAGGCUUUUGUACCUGGUAACCGAAUUCGAUUUUUCAUCGCGUUCGCCAUGUUCACUUUCCAACAAUGGUCUGGUCAGAAUUCAAUCAAUUACUACGCUCCUGAUAUCUUCAUUUCCAUCGGUAUCAAAGGUGCCAGUACCAGUCUUCUCGCUUCGGGUAUUUAUGGAAUUGUCAAGAUUGUGGCCACCGCUGUUUUCAUCUUCUUCGGUAUCGAGCGCUUUGGCCGAAGAUGGUCUUUGACUGUUGGUCUCGCUCUUAUGAGUCUCUUCCUCUGGAUCAUCGGAGCCAUCUUCAACACCAAUCCUCCCAACGUCAAUGCUACCAGCCCGUCUGGAGCUUCCAUCGGAAUGGCAGCUUGUAUUUACCUGUUCGUUAUUCCGUAUUGUUUCUCAGUCGGUCCUGUACCAUGGGUGUAUUGCGCGGAGAUAUUCAAUAAUCGAACUCGUUCAUAUGGUCUCAUGACUGCCAGUGCCACUCAAUGGCUUUGGAAUCUCAUUGUCUCAAGAUUCACUCCUAACAUCGUUCUCUCCCUGAAACACGGUGGUAUCUUCUUCUUCUUUGCUUCCAUCAACAUAUUUGCCGCGACCGCCGCAUUCUUCCUCCCAGAGACCAAAGGUCUGGCACUUGAGGACAUGGACGUUCUCUUUGGACUCGUUACUGCCGAACAAAGACAAGCUGACCUGGCUAGAGUCGAGGCUGGUCUCAGCGAGAAGGAACAGGAGCUGAUGAAUGACGAUAAGAUGUCGGAGACCCGGAUUGAGCGGGUCUGA